AUGUCCCGUUCAAGAUAUACCCUAGCAGCUGUGCUGCUUCAGCUCGCCGUGCUGGCAGCGGCCCAUGGCGGCGAUGAACACAGUAGUAUGGACAUGGCCGAACCUCAGGAGAAGAAGCCCAUGGACGAUAAUGAUUUGUACAAUCUACCCAGCUAUGCUGGGUUGGGCCAGCACGGGAACAUGAUCCUGGCACAUAUCAUUCUUAUGGUGGUCGCUUGGUUCUUUGUCUUGCCAGUCGGCGUCGUUUUCAGCGUUGCUCGGUCGAGAUAUGCGCUUCCAGUUCAAUUCCUGUUCCUCGUACUCAAUGGCCUCGGUGUCCUGUUCGGAACGGUGUACAAUAUCAAUACUCCAGAUCUGUACGAGAACAAUGCUCACCACAAAAUUGGCUGGAUUGCGACGUGGAUCGUCACUGCUCAGGUCAUCAUGAGCCUCUUGUUCACUUACUCUGGAAGAGGUAAAAUCACAGAGGCACCGGUCACGGCAGGGGAGCGAGCAGCUUUCCUGCCUCUGUCGGUGGAUAACAUGGCUCACCACGACACCUACCCUUACACGGACCACCGCUGGUCCGGAGACAGCGGUCAAGGAACCGAGCAGUCAUCGACUCUUCACAGCGGUAAUGGUUCUCCUCUGGACCCCCAUCAACGUAAUCCUUUCGACGACUACCAAAAGCCAGAACCGCAGCCGGAUCCAGAAGACGAGGACGAUGAGCCGGCGGUGCCCAGACGGGCUUGGAGCCCUCGCUGGUGGCGGAUCAAAGCUCUCGACAAGUAUCUGUCCACGCGGGUGCCCAAUCUGAUGUCGGCCAAGUUUCUGCGGGUCUUUGAAGUGGCGUACGAGGUCAUUGACAGGACGAUUCUGGUUCUCGGUUUCAUCGCAUUGGUGACGGGAGGGGUUACAUAUGCCGGCAUCUUCCGCGGCAACAACAUCUUCAAUGGACUUGCCCACUUUAUCAAAGGAGGAAUCUUCUUCUGGUACGGAUUGCUGACACUGGGACGUUGGAUGGGGUGCUUCGCCGAUCUGGGGUGGGCUUGGAACGUCAAGCCGACCCGCAGCGAGGUGGGCCAAUGGAAAGCCGCCGUGCCCUCCGCCGAGUUCGUCGAAUCCUUUGUCAUCUUCCUUUACGGCAGCAGCAAUGUCUUCCUCGAGCAUCUCGCCGCUUGGGGUGGUGCUUGGACUGCGCAGGAUCUGGAACAUGUCUCCAUUUCCGUCAUGUUCUUCGGAGGUGGCUUGUGCGGUAUGCUUGUUGAAUCCAAGUGCAUCCGAAGAUGUCUCAAUGCUGUUGUCGAUACCAUGCCAGCGCGCACAGAGGUCCAUCCUAGCGAUGCACUCGCAUUGCGCGCCCCUCCCAAACAAUACGGGACAUCUCUCAACCCAAUGCCGGCCUUGAUCAUCCUUCUUCUGGGGGUCAUGAUGUCCUCUCAUCACCAGGAUUCGAUGGUGUCCACGAUGGUUCACAAACAAUGGGGCACCAUGUUGGUCGGCUUCGCUGUGGCCAGAUUCUGCACAUACAUUCUCAACUACAUCACGCCUCCCGCCUCAGUUUAUCCCUCUCGUCCACCGACAGAAUUAGUGUCGGCUUUUUGUCUCAUCUCUGGCGGGCUCAUUUUCAUGGCCAGCACCAGGGAUGUGAUUCAUUACAUGGAAAGUGCCGAUUUGAUGGCCAUGUUUGUUUUCACCGUCACCAUGGGCUUCACAGCCUUCAUCAUGUCCUACGAGGUCAUUGUGCUCUCCCUCAAGGGCUGGGCCACCCGGAAGGAACUCAAAUCCGCUCACAUUCCGGUCGCAUAA